AUGUCCAGGGGGAAAGAGAACGACACCGGAGUCAGUGAGUUCCUGCUCCUUGGCAUCACCAGCGACCCGGGGCAGAGGCAGGUGCUCUUCUGGCUCUUCCUGUGUAUGUACCUGGUCACUCUGGCUGGGAACACACUCAUCAUCCUGGUCAUUGGCUCCGCCCCACACCUGCACACCCCCAUGUACUUCUUCCUCACCAAUCUCUCCUUUGUUGAUAUCUGCUUCACCACCAAACUGAUCCCUAGGCUCCUGGUCAGCCAUGUGGCAGGGACAUGGACUAUCCCUUACACCCACUGCCUGACUCAGAUGUACUUCUUCAUCUCUUUUGCCCACCUGGACACCUUUCUUCUGGCUGUCAUGGCACUGGACCGCUUUGUUGCCAUCUGUCACCCCCUUCAGUAUUGCUCCAUUUUCACCCCCUGGCUCUGCGGGGAGAUAGCCGCCCUAGUUUGGGUGGGCUCUGGUCUCAUCUCCCUGGUCCACACGCUCCUCAUGAGCAGACUAACCUUCUGCUCUUCCACCCAGGAGAUCUCACACUUUUACUGCGAAGCCUACCUGCUCCUAAAGAUCGCCUGCUCGGACACACGUGUCAAUCAGCGCAUGUUCCUGGGGGCCGUGGUCCUGUUUGUGGCCCCCUGCGUUCUCAUCAUGGUCUCCUACAUCUGCAUUGCUGCCACUGUCCUCCGGAUUCCAUCUGCUGUGGGAAGGCGCAAGGCAUUUUCCACAUGUAGCUCCCACCUGUCCGUAGUCAUCCUGUUCUAUGGAACUGUUCUGGCGAUCUAUAUACGGCCCCCAGACUCCUUCUCAGCCCAGGACACCAUAGCAACCAUCAUGUACACCGUGCUGACCCCCAUGCUAAACCCCUUUAUCUAUAGCCUGAGGAACAAGGACAUGAAGGAGGCCUGA